AUGCCGAUCGACGACCACAAGCGGGCGGAGAUCGAGGCCCAGCGCGCUGCCUCGCAGGAGACCAGGCGCGUCACGGUGGCGGCCAUGGAGGCGAUCCUCUACGAGCGCUUCGACGUGCUCGACCACGGCUUCGUCCGCGUGAUCGACUACAUGGGCGACGACGCGGCCAUCGUGCAGGCGGCGCGGGUUUCCUACGGUGCGGGCACGCGCAAGGUGCGGGAGGACCGCGCGCUGAUCCGCUAUCUCCUGCGCCACCGCCACACCACGCCCUUCGAGAUGUGCGAGCUGAAGCUCCACAUCAAGGCGCCGAUCUUCGUCGCCCGGCAGUGGCUCCGCCACCGCACCGCCAGCGUCAACGAGUAUUCGGCGCGCUACUCGCGGCUGGACCGCGAGUUCUACGUGCCGGACGCGGACCACCUGCAAUCGAAUCCGAGUUCCAACAAGCAGGGCCGGGACGACGUGCUGACGGACGAGGAGGCCCGGCAGGCGCUCUCUCGCCUCGAUUGGAUUUCGACCCGCGCCUAUGGCGUCUACAAGAACCUGCUCAACGAAGACGAUACCGGGCUCGCCCGCGAGCUCGCGCGCGCGGCGCUGCCGGUCAACUACUACACCCAGUUCUACUGGAAGAUCGACCUGCACAACCUCCUGCACUUCCUCUCGCUCCGGGCCGAUGCCCACGCCCAGUACGAAAUCCGCGCCUAUGCCGACGUGAUCCUCGACAAGAUCGUCAUGAGCUGGGUGCCUGCGACGUACCAGCCUUCCGCGACUAUGCGAUGGACGCCGCUUCGCUCUCCGCAGGCGGGCUCGCCGUGGUCAAGCGCAUGCUGGCCGGCGAGACGGUCGAUCAGGCGAGUAGCGGGCUCUCCAAGCGCGAGUGGCGCGAGCUGA